UACUUUCUUACCUAUCUCUCUAAAGAAACAUGAGGUCAUUACGCAGUUGGUGACUAGCUACACUGCUGCUUGGUGCGCACCGCACGCUGGGGAUUAUAUAUAUCAACACAAUACAGCUAUGCUCCACCUCCAUUGACCUUAGGCGACAAGGCAGUAGAGCAGAGCCGACCUCCCUCACACAAUACCAGCUGAGCUCCACAGCUGUGCUACAGUACAUAUUUCAUACGCUUAUUUCACUUUAAACGGAGCUGGAUUCUGUUGUAAAGUGUAAUAUUUUGCGGAUAAAUAGCCGGUGUGAAACACUGUACAUUUGGUCCAGUUAUUUUCCCUCCAGCAGCCCGAGUCUCAUCACCCGGGAACGACUGAGCGAAGCUCCAGAGACAUGGAUUUUGGGAUUGGACACAUUUUUGUGGGAAUGACUCCAGCCAAACUUGCAUCUGAUUCGAAUCAGUCUUCUGUUGUUGGAUAUAAUGCCAGAUUACUCAAGAUGACGGAGUUUAAUUAUGCGUUCAUAAACGAAAACGGGAAGGAAGUGGAUAAAACUUUGGACUGGAGUUACAUAGAUUGGCAUAAAAUGAAAACAAUCAAAGGGACGGAUGCACAGACCCAAACCCAAUGUGUACAAAGUGAGGACAAAGACACACAAACAGCUAGUCCUUUCAUAAUGCGAAUAGAUUUAGGAAGGACACCUUCCAGACUGAGGUAUUGUUCCCUUACAGAGUCUGACAGCAUGCCAGCACACUUAUUUCAGUUUGACAGACAAGCCCCAGCCCGAAUCUCCACGUCCCCCACUCUGAGGAGGAUGAGGAGCACGAGAAUCUCCUACCGAGAUCCAAGCAAGUUGGAUGGUCCUUUAGGAGAGGAUUCUCCCACUCCCGCGAGUCCCCUUUCUCCCUUAUUUCAGCAGAAAUCACCACUGGCGGUUCAGUCAGAUAGAGAGAGCAGGAACUUUGAAUCUUCAGUGAUUCAUGGGAGAGUUAGAUCACACAGAUCAAAGACCAUUGACAAUGGCGUCAUUUGCAAAAGCAAAGAGUCUUGUGAUUCAAAAGAGCCAGAUUCUGAUGAUAAUGAGAACACAACGGAAGACAAUGACCAGGUCAAGGACCCCUGUCAUAAAAGGGUGCAGGAGAGGAGGAGGAGCUCCGUGGUUGUGAGUCUUCCUGGAUUGGAUGUUUCCCCUGGAGAUUUGUUUGUGUCCAAUGGCGCUGCUGAUAUUUUAAAUAAAUCAGCCUAUUCAGACACUAAGAAAUCAAAGUGGCCCUUCUCAAGGCGUAGCACACAAACAAAAGGGAAGACUCGCAGCAUAGCUGACAUUGACAAGUGUUUGGCUGGCAUUCAAAUCCAGGAAUGGCGAGACACAGACUUUCAGACGUAUAAGGAUAAGUCUUUGGAGGACUUUUUGAGGGGUCACUCUGAACUGGGAGCAGCGGAGAAUCCAAAAGCCUACCGUAAACAGGAAGCCAUUUGGGAACUUUUCACCAGUGAAUGUGUCUACUUCCUUGAUCAGCUCAUGGUUUUAAAAGAGGUGUUUUUGACCACACUAACAGACCUUCAGAUGAGAGAGUGUCUUCAGGACAUUGACUCCUGGAGGCUCUUUGCAAAUCUCAAUGAGCUCUGUUUGGUUAGCUUCGGCUUCCUUACUAGUUUCUUGCGUGUCAUUAAGGAGAUGUGGACCAAUCCAGACAGCUAUAGUACUCAGUCUCUUCUUGAACUCCUUAGAAAGGCGUUUGGUGAGAGCAUUUGCCAUUGUCUGCAGAAAUACUGCCUGAAUUACAGUACGGCCAUCCUUUAUCUGGACAGCCUGAAGCUCAGAGAGGACUUUGGCUUCUUCCUGAAGUGGUGUGAACGAAACGAGCAGUGCCGCAGACUGCAGUUGAAGGAUCUGCUGGUGGCUCCUCUGCAGAGAUUUACGCGGUACCCUCUGCUGUUGAAGAACAUAGGGAAGAAGAGUUGCUCAGAGGCUGAGGAGAACACCAUACAGAGCAUCGUGGAUCUCAUUGACAGAGCCAUCUAUGAUCUUGAAGGAAAAGUGAAGUGGUUGGACAACUACCAGAAGGUGAAACAGCUGAAGGAAGCUCUGGUGUGGCUUCCUGUGUGGGAGCAAGACAAGAGGGCACAUGUCCCUGAGAAUCUGAAGCACUUGCUAAAAGCUGUAACUCUGGAGAACCUGCUGUCUCACCGUAUUCUUCUGCAUGAUGGGAAGCUCGUUCUCAUAGAAAAUGCCAAGAUGCAUGAGGUCUACCUGUUUCUCUUUGACCAAUUCCUUCUAAUCACGAAGAUCAAGCGAAGCAAAAAGAAGUCUGGCGUGGUGGAGUCGAACCCCCUGCGUCUGGCUGCGGGCCAAGAGCUUGAGUUCUUAUUACAGGAGAGCUGUAGUUUGAUUGUCCUGGACCAGCCCAUCUCUCUGGACCGCCUGCAGUUAAAGAACAUAGACCAGCUCAACGCCACAGCAUCUGGUCUGCCCAAUUCCUUCAUAGUAAUGCACCAGAAUCGUUACCAGCAAUGCAUCGGAGUCUUCAUUCUGCAAGCCCAGACUGAAUCUGUGAAGAAAGCGUGGGUGUCGGAGAUUGAGGAUGCCAUCAGUUCCCUACUGAAGCAGGACUCUCAGCAGCCGCGGCUCAAGAACUCUUUUCUGGAGUCUACACAGAUCUAAUUUAUACAGAGACUUUCUCCCAGAGUGCCAAUGAACCACCACAGUACACAAAGGCAUUUCAUGUAGUUUAAAGGAAAAGUUUGCCCCACAAAGAAAAUUCAGUCAUCAUUAAUUCACCUCAUAUCAUUCCAAACCUAACUGGCUUUUAAUAGAAUGUCUGAACUGUUCAUUUCUAUAAAACAGAACUGAAGCUGUCAAGUUCUGAAAAGGACAGAAAUCACCAUGAAAGUAUUUAAGUCUUCUGAAUAUGACUCACAUUGUGCAAAAGUAACUUAUUAUAUCUUAGAAAGAAAGUCACAGGGGUUUGAAACAACAUUUUU